CUUCUUCUCCAAUCCUUCCACAUUUUCUUUUGGGGCCGGUUUCUUUUCUUUGAGGACAAUGUCGGCCGCUGUAGGAGCUAUGUCGACAACCAAGGACGUCAAAUUCAAUUGUCAAAUGGAGGAAGAAGAGCUCAAAAAUAACAAGAACAACAAUGUUGGUGGUGAACCAGGAAAGCUCCCGCACAGUGAUGAUGGUCAUGCAGAUAAUGGCAUUAAUGAUGGUGAUGAACUAGAGGAAGAGAAUGACGCCCAGAUGAAAUCUGAGAAGGAGUUGGAUCUUGGACCCCAAGUUUCUCUUAAGGAACAGCUUGAGAAAGAUAAGGAUGAUGAGAGUUUGAGGAAAUGGAAGGAACAACUUCUUGGAAGUGUUGAUCUGUCAUCUGUUGGAGAGACUAAAGAACCAGAAGUGAAGAUACAAAGCCUGACAAUAAUAUGCCCGGACCGACCAGAUGUGAUUUUGCCAAUUCCAUCAACAAACAAUACUAAAAAAAGCCUCUUCACCCUCAAGGAAGGAAGCCAGUACCGCCUCAAAUUUACCUUCACCGUCUCCAACAACAUCGUCUCUGGCCUCCAGUACGCCAACGUUGUCUGGAAGACCGGUGUCAAAGUGGACAAUUCAAAGAAGAUGAUGGGAACUUUUAGUCCUCAGAAACAGCCUUACGCAUGUGAAAUGGAAGACGAAAUUACCCCUUCGGGAAUGCUUGCCAGAGGCUCGUAUCAGGCAAGAACCAAGUUCCUAGAUGAUGAUGGAAAAUGCUACUUGGACGUGAGUUACUGCUUCGACAUUCAAAAGAAUUGGACAAAACCCUUUUGAGGUUCCCAAUAUUAUAUCAUUCGCAUUGGCUUAAUUGGUACCAGUGCUUCUAGCUAUGGUUAUAAAGAGAGAGUACUCUUCCUCCGGCAUCAUGUUUAAAUUCUACUUUUAUCUUGUUUUACAAACGACAAGGUUGCAAUACAUUUUUUAUUCAAUUAAGUACAGCACCACUGUUCAUGGUA